AUGACAAAUAAACAAAAUCGUCUUUUAUCAUUAAUUCUUGAACAUUUUAUGAUUUCAUUAGAUGUAUAUGAAGAUGAAGAAAAUGAAGAAACUUUUACACAUGAAAAACUUACUGAAUAUACAAAUUUAACUUUAUGUCAAUACCUACGUUCUGGUAGUAGUGCUGAAAAACUAUAUUUACCAUUUUCAAAUCAUGUAAAAUCAGAUAUUGAUCUAAUGUUUGAAUUUCCAUAUAUCUACGUUGUUGAUCCUGAACAAUUUACAUCGAACGAACGUCAAAAGUAUAAAGCUAAUAAUCAAAUUCGAUUUUUAUAUCUUGAUUAUAGUAACAAAAAAUAUCCAUGUUAUGUUACACUUUAUUAUUAUUCAAUGCAAGAAUUAAUUGUAACAAAUGAAAAAACUGAUUCAUCUCAUUUACUUCCCGGUACAAAUAAAUAUAUUAUACCUGGUGAUUUUAUUGAUCCAUAUCGAAAAUAUUUUUUAUCAUCGCGACUUGUAAAUUGGAUGAAAAAUCAAUGGCCUAUAGAUGAAGAUAAUGAUGAAGAAUUAGAAAUUCAUGGUCCAUCAAUAUGUAUAACAUCGAAAAAUUCAAAUUUUCCAUUGCCAAUGGAUCAUGUUACAUCAUUAAAAUGUAUUCAUUGGCCGACGUCAGCACGACAUUGGAUUAAUCGUGUACGAAUAAGUAAUUGGCCAGAACAAAAUUUAAUCAAUUCAAUUAUUAAAUUUGGUUGUCACCUAGUACCAAUACCACAUUUAUUAUCAACGAGUAAAAUUCAAUCAAUUGAAUGGCGAUUGUCAUUUUCCAUAUGUGAAUUAUUAUUAGCUAAAACACUUAGUUAUUAUCAAAGAAAAUGUUAUUUAAUCGUUAAAGCUCUAUUCGAUGUGCAUAUUAAACAAGAUUUAGAAUUAUCAAAAUUAAUAUGUAGUUAUUAUUUAAAAACGAUUUUAUUUUGGUUAUGCGAAUCAAUAGAAAAAGAACAAUGGACAUAUGAAACAUUAUAUGAUCGUUUUAUAGAGUUUAUUAAUUAUAUAAUUGUAUGUUUUGAAAAAAAACGUUUAAAACAUUAUUUUAUACCUGAAAUGAAUCUUAUUCAUCAUUUUAAUGAUGAACAAUUAAAAAAAUUAAUUGAAAAAUGUAUUUUAAUGAAAAAUAAUUUAUUAACUAUGAUUGAACAAUGUGAAGAAUAUUAUUGGAAUACAAAUCAAUUUAAACGUUUUAAUCCAAUUAUUGAAGUAUUAGUAAAAAAUGAAAAUUUCAAUGAAAAUUCAUGUAUAAUAUGGUUUUACGGACAUACAAUGCAUGCUUUUAUCAAACAACAUCAAUUAACUGAUCGUCCAUUGAAAAUGGUCAAAGAUUGUAUAAAACGUAAUUACUUAGAAUUAUGUUCAAAUGAAUCAGCGAAAUAUUUAUUGUAUGUGACAAGUUUAAUAGCAAAUAUUCUUCAUGAUAAGAAUAUUUAUUCAGUAGAAAAUUUAUCAGUACAUAAUGCAAUGAUGAAAAUAUGUGAUGCUAAAUUAUUCUAUGAUCAAAAUUUUGAAGAUAUAAAAACAAAUUAUAUUGAAAUACAAAAUCAUUUGAAUAAUGAAAACAAAUAA